UUAUGUACUAAGCAAUAAACGUGAACGUGACAUAUUUUUGAAUUAAAGAUAAUAAAAGUAAAGUAAUUAAAAUGGAAGUUGACGAAGAAAUACCACAUGCAAAAAGUGUACUUAAAAAACAUUUUAACAAACCAAAUGAAAAUGUGCAAAGUACUGAAAAUAUAAAAAAGAUCAAGCUAUUUUCCGCUAAAGAGUUUCGAAAAAAUUUGCGUCAGGACGAUAGAGUCACAGCCCUGAAGCAGUUUUUAAAUAUUAUUAGCGAAUCAAAUGGACACGAUUAUGUGUUUGAAUAUUUGGAAAGUGGAGGCAAUUGUUUAGAACUUCUGCAAACCCUUGAACUAGAUUCUACUUUAUCCCCAGUAUUAGUCUUUGAACUUGUAACUCACGUACUACUAAAAAUAACCGUUAGUGGCCCAAAAUAUCAAAGUGCCGCUUUUGAAUCAUGUCGUUACAUGUUAAAUAAUUACAUAACUGUUAUAAAUAAAAUGCUCAACCUAAGUUCAAAAAGUCAGGAGCGGAAAGUGUGUCUCAAACUACUUACUGCAAUGAUAACAUUCUCAUCUACCCUAUCCAAAGAUGUUUUAUUACACGUAAACUUUCAUUCAUCAAAUGUUGAAUUACUAACAAAGAAUACUGGAGAAGAAAAUAGCGUACGGGACCAUUUCAUACGUUUCCUUACAGCAUUCUUAAUUGACGGCCACUAUCAGUCACUGUCCAUGUUGCUGGAAAAGAAGGGCUUCAUAACUAGUAUUAUUAAAGGUCUUCAGUUUGAUGCUGCUGAUACAGUUUGUAUUGUGAUAUCGGCUAUGAAGAACCAUAUACUAGAAAACCCUUCAGUUUCAAAGACCGCAAAAAUGAAGAUUUUUAACACGUUGGUAGUGAGAGAUAUCGUUAAUCUGUACAACUGGAAGGGACCUGCGGCAUUGAAAAUGCAGGAGAAAAAUAAAACUAUUUCUCAUACAGUUGAUGAAUAUUCUAAAUCAAAAGUCAAUGAAUGCGUCCAUGACUUUUUGUUGGUGUUGUGUACUUCUCAUAAAUAUGGGGUCAUUUUCAAAGACCAUUCCUUAGGCUUGGGUAAGAAGCAUCAGAAUGCCUUAAUGUACACAGUUCUGGAGAGUCUUGAAAGGCCUUGGGAACACUCUUACGCUUGUGAACUGGUAACAAAUAUCUGUGUGGCUUGUCCCGAUUUAACAAAAACCAUGUGGACAAAUUUAAAAUCGUCUUUAGAGCCUCGAUUAACUGAGAAGUGGCUGAACGCUAUGAAAUUUGCCAAAAAUUUACUCAGGGAAUUGCAACCGAGCUGUAUUGAGUUCUGUGCUAACGAACUCAACAUUAACCAGCUUGCUCAAGUAAUCCAAAUUCUUGUUGCCCCACUACCGAUUUUAAAGGUAGUGCUUCCCAUAAACGGCACGUUUGCAAGCCAUGCAGUUAAGAAACAUGUCAUGUCUUUUCUGGUAGAAAUGUUACACUCCUUAAACUCCUACUUAGAUACUUCAAAAGACUGGCUAAAUGCCGAGAGCCAUAGAAAAUUAAAGACUUUUGUAUCUAGCUAUGUCUCAAAAAAUUUUCCCAAUGCCAACGCUAUCCUAAGCGAUUGGGAAGCGGAAAAUAUCAAUGACACUGAACAGAGUGCGAUUAUUACUGAUGAAAACUUUUUGGAGAUAGUUUUUGAUAUAUUUGACUUAUACAGUAAGAUAGCUCCACAACUUUUGGAUAGCCUAAACUCUACGAGUCUUCAACUAACAGAUUUUUUGAAGAAACUCUCUAGCAGCUGCGCCGAUGAAAAAAUUUCCGCUCGACUACAAGUAAAAAUGAUAAAUAUCUUCAUAGAAUUAGAACCCACAAAUUUUUCACCCAACACGGAAUUGUUUUCGUUCGUGUUGCCCCUUCUGCUUAAAUUUUACUACGAAACUGUUGAUUCGACUGCCUUAACAGUCUUAAAUAAGCUCCUGAAGUAUACAGGAAUAUUUGAGGGAUGUCUGGAAGAAGUCAAUGUUUGGAUAAACGCCAUAUUAAAUUUACGACACUUCGACGAUGCUGUAGUGCAGAGUUUGACACAAAUUUUGAGAAUUAGCGCUGAAAAUAUUAUGGAAUUUUCAGAGGAAUUGUCACUUUUAGAAACUACGAACGAUACGGAUGGAAACAUUGCAAAAAUUAUCGAGAAACUGAAAAAUACUAACAUAACAUUCGAAGAAGAGAGUGUUAUAGUAAAACACAAAUAUCUCAGUCCGAUGGUGUUGGGGCUUGUGAGUUACUUGAAAGAAACAGCUUUGACGAAAAAUUUGAAGUGCUACGUGAACUUUGUCAUGUUGAAUUUGUUCCACUGCCAAACGCAAAUGAAGAUGGUGGCAGCAUUUGUGAGAAAAUAUGAAAUUAUUCCGAAAGCUAUUAAAGAGUAUGUUUUAUGCUGGACCGAAAAGGGCGAGGUUGCAUAUUUCAAGCUAAAAGGAAGAUUGCACGCAUUUGAAAGUUUUAACGAGGAAUUUAUUUCGGGCAACAUUGGAAAUGCUUUAAACAGUAUUGACUUCAACAUUUAUCCCGACUUUCCUCUAAAUUUAUUACAAGCAGGAGUUUUUUACAUAACUAACAUUGUAAAUAAUAGCGUCUUUGUAGAAAAUAUUUUUGAAAACUGUUUGAAGUUUUUAAGACAGUUAAUAGGAAGGAAGUCUUUCCAUGAAAGUUACACAGAAACAGUUUUAGCACACCCAGUUUUGUUGGAUCACUUCUCCGUGUUGCAUAUAGAAACAAAUGCUUGCACGAAGUUCUUACUAGACGUUAUAAAAUUACUGUUAGACUCCGGUUUUGAUAUUGCACGUUAUUUGAAAAUAUACAAGGAAAAGUUGCUCAAAGUCGUCUUGAAAAUCUUGAGGAAACCAAAGAAAUACAACUUUGCAAAUUUCAAAGACAUUUUGGAGCUUUUUGGACUGAGUUACGAUCAGUGUCAUAAAGUUCUUACAGUUUUUGCACAGUCAACAGAAAACGACAAACAUUUUGUUUUAGUUUUAGAUAUUUUGUCGUACACUCUAAAACGGUUCGCUUCUUUGUACGAGAUUGAAGACAACAUGGAACCGUUAGAGGGCAUUGUUGCUGAAAAUUUGACAAGUUAUUUUGUCACGUUAACUAAAAUCCAAGAUUUUAAUGUAGUGUCCCUAUCGGAUGCUUUCCAUACUUAUUUUGAGGUGUUUCCACAUCAUAUAAAGCACGUAGAUGCGAACUUACUAUCCAGCUUAGUGAAUCUCGAGUACAAUAAGGAAAACAUUUCAUUGGUGACAUUCCUUUUGGAAAGAUGUAUAGAAUUUUUAGAGAGUAUUAAAAAUAACUGGGAUGACAUUUGCAACAGGAAAAGUGUGCUACUUCCAAUACUUGAAGUGUUAGUUCGCAAAAACGUUGAUGCGGUUGUUUUAAAACAAAUUUACCACAUAAUUGAACCAUCCUUGGCUAAAGCGUUGUUGAAACCACAAAAGGUGGGACAACAUUUCCAUGUGUCGUACAGAGGGUUAAUCGUGUUGAUAGAAAAAUUCAUGCCACUGGAAAAGUGUGGAAAUUUCACAGAAAAAGUGCAAAAAUUCGAAGUAACGGAAGUUUUCCACGUGAAAUUACUUGAAAUUGUUUUUAACAAGAUCAUCGAUGACAGUAUAACUGCUAAGCAAGUGAAUAACAUGAUUUUAACGUUUGUGCAUCUUCAGAUGCAGGUAUUUAAAAGAAAUGUGAAGGACAGUUCAGUCGAUUCGAAAAUAAGUGAAGUAGCGGAAUCUUUCAACAAUAUUCUAACGAAAAUACGUUCAAAGACAAGUACAAUGGACCUGAAAAAUACGUGCCAAAAUGAAACGUUGAAAUCGUACAUUAUGUAUUGUUUAAAAUUUGGAAUAUCAGGACAAACCAUACUGUUAAGGUCUUUGAACAAUAUGGUAAAAGUUUUGUCGAAUUCCAUGGAAAAGAAAGACGGGAAAUUGAUUAUGGAUAUGUUGCUGUCUCAUUCCAAAUUUCUGGACAUCGUUCUGGACGAGCACACUCCUGUUAAGCUGGAAAUACUGUCUCUGUUUUUGACGUUGUGCCGGAUUUGGAAUGAAUUUAUGGAACGUUAUCAUAUCCCCGUUUUAUUAGCAGCGUACAGGGUUAUGAUUAAUCCAUGCGACAGGAUUAUCUGGACACUUUUGAAAAUGUAUGCCGCGAAUUCAGGGCAAACCAACUUCUACGAUUUCAAACCCUUCUUGUGGGGCAGAGCAGCUGCCAACCAUUACUCCGUUAGAGAGAACCCUGAAAAAUCUCUCUGGCGACAACCGAAAAUGAGGGACGUUUUGGAUAUAUUACAAGAGGAAUAUGUAGUUUCGUCAAUCUAUAAUUACCCUUUGAAAGAAAAUUUAUUGUUAACCGACGACGAAACCUUGGAAAUAAAGAAGGUUAAGAGCUACGACGUUAAAUUCCUCUUGCCGCUUUUCAGUCACCUCUUGGCGCCUGAGCAACAAGUGCAGACUUACACAUUCACAAGAUCGGGUGCGUUGAGCCUCACAGUGAUGACAUUGAGCAGUGGUGAUGAGAAGAUUAGGCGAGAGGCUUUUCACGUUUUAUCAAGGUUCUAUUAUCAUGUCGAUGCCAGUCAACAUGGUAAAGAUAAUCCGUUGUGGCUUAGAUAUGUGGAGGCUGUCUGUAAAGGUGUCGCAGUAUCACAAGACAGGAAACUGAACAACUUUUCUGCCGUGUAUCUAGCCCGCAUGGCCUUGAUUUUGACUCAACCUAACCACGUCAUGUACCUACCGUUAUCUAACCACCUCACGGCUAAACUGUCCCUAGAUUUUAGCACCGUUCCCGAGUUGUAUACCUUCCUCCACGGCUCGGAUAUUAACUAUAAGGAUCGCAGGCAUUUCAUCUUAGAGCUGCUUAGAGACGGUCUGAGAUCAGAAAAAGAUUUCACCGAUUUCCUCCGCUCGAUGGCGUUUAAAUUGUUUUCUGAGUUGUACAACAGUUCGUUAGCAGACUUAGACACGAGACUGUUGAUUUUGGAUGUGAUUCGGGCUGCUUGCAAAAUACCGCUAGGUGCGAAGAUGAUCUGCGAGAACCACUCACUAUUAACGCAGCUUUUCCACGAUGUUAAUAGCGUUUUGGUGUUACCUUCCAAGGAGAAACAAGAAGCGAGGUUAUGUGUUACUAAGAUUGUGUUUAUUUUGUUAGAAAUUGUCCGAACUCUGCAGGACGUUCAUCCUCGUUUUAUGACUUUUAAUACCGUACUGAAAGUGGUCAAAGAUGAUAUUUUCGGAAUUUUAACUGACGGGGAUAAAAGGGUGAUUUUCGAAGUGCUUUAUUUGGUUUCUGGACAGUUUAUGGAAUUGUUCACUGACGAUGUUGUGAACGUAUUGUUAGAAAAGAGCGGAGAUAAGUUUUGUAAAUAUGUUGUUAAAUACGGGUGCGAAUUUGUAGAUGUGAAUUGUUUGAAUUCUGACGAUGUAUGUUAUUAUCUAAGACUUUUGAUUUUUAAUCAAAUUAAAACCUGAAAUUUGAUUUUAAAUAAAUUUUUUAUGUUUUUGUUA